UUUCCAACCGACCAUGGCCUACGCGCCACUCUCUACGCAUUGGCCGAGGGACAACGAGCUAUGCAAAGAGAUACAAACCUCGUAAAGCGCCAGUUACUCUGGCUGAUCAAAGGAAAUCAGAGGUUGCACCGCCGCCUGCGUGGGGCGGAGGUAGCUGCCACUGGCAGACGUGCAGCAGUCGCUGAUGUCGGGGAAGCUGUCCCACGCAAUCUCCUUAAUGCCCCCAUUGCCAGUGUUGCUGACCUCGACGAGGUUCAUAUGUGA